AUGAUGGCCGAUAGCCAGCCGAGCGAGAAGGAGAUGCAGAGUAACGAAAAUGACACUGUGAAUAUGAAAUGUGAUUUAUCUCAUUACCUGAUAGCUGUAAACAAAACUAAACUUAGCGUAGUAGUUACGAUGAAGGAACAUCAGGAAAAGGACGAUGAUGACGUACGAACAGAAACGCAGCAGCUAGGUGAUGAUGAUGACCAAAUUGUAGGAAGUAAGAAUUCCCAAUGCGAGAUACCACUAUUCAAACGUGAGCAGGAUAAUAAACAUAAUCUGGAAAUGGCCGAACGGAAUGAACGUACCAUGAUAGCACGGGAGAAAGGACAACCAGCAAUCGAACAAACCCAAUGGAUCCCCCGCUCCCCUGUGGAAGGCAGUUUCAUGACGUAUGAAGAGCUAGUCCGUCUCACCGGCCUGGAAGCGGGCCUCCGCCAGAAUGCGCCAAACAAUCGCUUUCGGAUGAGAUUAUGCGGAGGUGGUGAGGAUUCGAUCAACAAUGGUACAAGUGCCUGGGGUGCACCCGCUGCUACGAAUAGUGCUACCGGCAGCACCUGGGGUGCUCUCGGUGGUGCUGGCGUCAACAGUGGCGUUGGAGCGACCCCGCAGCAACCGAAUUCAUCGUCUACAGGUGCAUCAGCGAUUGGCCAGCAAGGCACAGCGACAGGAACCACCGGAGCCUGGGGUGGAGCCGGGCAGCAGAACGGUGGACAAUCGGCAAAGGGCACAUCCUCUGCAAAUCCGGUGGGCGUCUCCUCUGGUGCCGGUGGUAUGGAGAGUGCCGGCGGUAGCAGCGGACCAGCAAGCCUCUGGAAUGGUGCAUCCGGAGGAAACAUAACAUCUGGUGGGCAACAAUCUGCUCAAGUUUCCAGCACUUCGGUACCGUCCUCGGCCAUUGUCAAUGCCGGUGUGGCAAACAGUGGCGGGGUGUCGCAACAAGAUCAGGGACCCGGUGGUGCUGGUGUACCGCAACAGCAGCAGCAAGCCGCGGGAAGCGUGCAACAACAAGCGGUUGCCGGUGGUGGACCUUCCAGCCAGCAAGAAGCUGGAGUCGCCACGGCUUCAGCCGUUGUGCCUCAGUCAAGCGCCGCCAAGAACCAGCUGGAACAUCUGAACUCCCUGCGAGAGUCUCUGUUUGCGCAGGAUGGCUGGGGUUCGGAAAAUGUUGAUCAAGACACGCAGUGGGACGUGCCAGCAUCGCCGGAACCGGGCGGCAAAACCGAUCCCAACAGUGCGACCAGCGGUCCAACGGCCGGCAUACCGAUGUGGAAGACAAACACGGGCACGGAGCUGUGGGAGGCGAAUCUGCGCAACGGAGGCCAACUGCCACAACAACAACCGACGGUGCAGAAGACGCCCUGGGGCCCGGCGAACAACUACGGUGGCACUUGGGGCGAGGAUGACGAAGCCAACGAACCGGGUAGCGUGUGGAACGGCGCGAUGGGUGGUGGCGCUGGUGGCAGUGGUCCAGGACCGGGUGUAGGAAUGCGCGAACAGCCUCCGGGAGGACCGCAACAACAGCAGGCACAGCAGCAGCAACAGCAACCUCCGUGGAGUUCAGCAGGCGCCGGUGGUGUGGCCGGAGCUGGUGUUGGAGCCGGACCUGGUGGCAUGUGGGGCGGAGGUGGAGGAGGUGCCGGUGGUGGUGGUAUGGCAGCAAAUGUGCCUGGUGCGCUCAAGAAGGAUAAUGAGUGGGGCGCUACGAUCGGAGCCGGAUCCGGUGCGAGCGGUGCCGGUGGUUGGGGAGGCCCCACGACAGGAGGCGGGACGGCAGAUGUUGGUCGCGUCGGAAACCAGGUGUCGGCCGGCGGUCUCGAUCCGAGUGGCAUCGAUAUGCGCAACAUGCGCAUCGCAAAUGGCAUGGACAGCAACCGUGAGAUUAGAGGUGAUCCACGUGGCAUCUCAGGCCGGUUGAAUGGAAACGUGGGCCUCUGGGAUCAGCACCAGAUGGCCGGCAUGCAGCAGAAGUUGCCGCCGACGGCGACCACUCCGGGUACACCAACGGGCCCAGUUGUCGGAGCGCAAGGUGCCGGUGGAGCUGGCGGCCAAUGGCCCUCAAACCCGCUCGCAUCCGUCAACAACGGUGUGGGUGGUGGAGGUGGCAAGCUUGUGGCUGGUUCCGGAUGGGACGAUCCGAAUGCUAGCGGUGGCCCUCCGGUCGGCGUGCGACGCAACAAUAUGGACGAUGGAACCGCUUUGUGGGGACAGAACGCACUCAACCGGCAGAACUCCGGGAACGUGUCAGGAUGGAAAGAGAACAAUGCUGGUUUGGGAGGACCUCCACCAGGCGCUGACGGUGGCAUGGGCCGCAACCUAAUGCACCGCAAUGCGAUGGUCGGAGGUGGCGGCGGUGGCAACCUACCCGGCAACGGUGGCCUUGUAGGCCGUGGCGUUGGUCCCGGUGGACCCAUGAAACCGGACAGUCUGUGGGGCCAAAAUCCGGCCGCAACGCUGGGAGGUGGACCACGCGGAGGUGCUGGCAAUUGGGGCGGCGACGACGUGUCAUCAUCGGCCGGAGGUGGUGGAGGCGGAAACUGGGGCGACGAGAAACCACCCGGUGGUAAUUCACUGUGGAAUGACGGAGCCGGAAACAGCUGGAAUAGCAAGGGUAAAAUGUCCGGUGCCGGUGGAGGCGGAUGGAAUGACGGCGGUGGUGCACCGGGUGGUGGUUCCAGCGGUCCGGGUGGUAUGGACAUGGGCAACCCGGACUGGGGAAUGCCACCGCAAAGCAAACUGCCACCGAAUGGCAACAAGCACAACUCGCUCGAGAUCGUUCGCUGCAGCAAAGCAUUCCGACAGCUCUGCGAGAUGGGCUUCAAGAAGGAGGACGUAGAAAACGUGCUCCGGCUGACGAACAUGAACAUCGAGGAGUCAUUGGAACUGUUGCACCGCAGUAGUGGAGGUUCCGAUUGGUCCCGGCGUCCAGACAGCCACGCCGGGUUCGGAACGGGCGAUCAGUUUGUCGGUGGUGGCGUCAGUGGACGUUUUGCGGCCGCCGCUGCCAGCGUUGGUCCAUUAGGGUUCCAGCAGGGCAAUCAAACCAACCUCGGUGGUGGAGUGUUUGGAGCCGGCAAUGGGCCGGCGAUCGGAAGCGGUUCCUUUAACAGUAUGAAAUUUGGCGGUGGUGCCGGACACGGUGGUGCAGGCGGUAACGGUGUUGGACCUGCAGGCGGUGGUCCCCCGGGAGGUGCUGGAGUGUUCGGGGGCAAUCAGCAGCAACAACAGCAGCAACAACAACCAGGUGGUAUCGGUGGUGGCGGUGGCAGCGGGCUCAAUCAGCAAAAUGCGCAAUCGCCACAGAUUCCGAGUCAUCAACUGCGCGUACUGGUGCAACAGAUACAGCUUGCCGUGCAGAGUGGUUAUCUGGAAAGCCAGAUCCUCAACCAACCGUUGGCACCUCAGACGCUGAUGUUACUGCAUCAGAUGUUGAACCACAUUAAGCAAUUGAAUGCCAUGCAGAGCAAUCUGAAUCGUACCGGUGGAAGUGUGAACGCUGUGCAAAUGUCAAUCGCGAUUAACAAGCUGAAAUCGCAGAUAGCUAACCUGCAGAAUCAGAUCAACUUGCAGCAGGCCAGCUAUCUUAAGCAGCAGCAGCAACAGCAUCAGCAGCAGCAACAACAACAGCAGCAGCAGCAACACCAACAACAUCAACAACCACCUCACCCCGGCAGUCUGAAUGCAAACAUUAAUGUGACGGCGAUGACCGCCGGUGGUGGCCAUCCGGGCAACGAUCUCUUCCGUACCCCGUCGGAUCUCACCGGACUUCCGGGAAGUUUCGCAGAUAUGGGAUUGAAGGAUAGUGGCACCGUGCCCUUCCCAACUUCCGGCAACACUAGUCAGCAGUCACGAUUGCAGCAGUGGAAGCUGCCGACGAACAGUGCCUCCGGCGCGGGUGGCCUCGACAAGGAUGCAUCCGAUUUGGCUGACUUUGUCCGUGCACCCGGUGCCAGCUCCAAAUCUGGAUCAGGCAUUGAUGAUGGUACUUGGUCCAAUGGACGUAGCAAUCUUGGCGAUGGAUGGCCAGAUUCGAAUUCGCAAGACAACAAGGAUUGGGUGGGUGGUAAUGAUGCGUUUAGCGAUCUGGUGCCUGAAUUCGAACCCGGAAAACCAUGGAAGGGUACUCAGGCAACAAGAAUUGAGGACGAUCCGACCAUCACGCCAGGCAGCGUAGCUCGCAAUCCGCUCUCGAUCGCCGCCGCUAAAGAGUCCAACCUUUUCGGUGGCGGUGGUGGCACAGGCAGCAGCGUUGUGUCGGCUGUAAACAGCAAGUCCUCGCCUACCGAAUCAACCUGGAGUUUCAACCCGUCUGGUGCCGCUGGCGCAGGCGUGCAGAGCGGAAAUUAUGGGUCCAAGGUCCAGAAGAAUCCAUGGCAGGAUGCGGGAACGCCCACGAUGCCAUCGGCGGAUCUGUGGGAUACACCACUCGGUACGGUUGCUGGUGGAAAGGGACGUGGUGUUGGUAUGAUGGGUGGUAUCGGUAAGCCGAGUAGCAGCAAACUGGACGCAAACGGUUGGAACACCCCGAGCAACCAGUCCGGUAGAGGUAACACGUGGAACAGCAGCGCAUCCUCGACCAAUUCCUGGUCAUCGACAUGGAUUAUGCUUAAAAAUCUUACAGCACAAAUUGAAGAGUCCACGUUGCGCACGUUGUGCAUUCAACACGGUCCGGUGAUAAACUUUUACCCUUACCUGAACCAAGGGAUCGCUCUAUGCAAAUACGCCACACGGGAAGAAGCGCAAAAGGCGCAGCUAGCUCUGAACAACUGUCAGCUUGGCAACACGACGAUCUACGCAGAAAUUCCUACCGAAAAUGAAAUACAAUGCAUUCUACCCCAUCUCAUCGGUUCCAGCAACGGAAUGGCAAACGGCCAAGCAGGUGGCGGCGGAGGCCAAAAUUGGCGUCUCAGUGCCGCAGCCCAAUCGCAGCCGAUGGUUAGCAGGACGAACUCUGUCGUUCAAGAUCCAUGGAACUCAUCUGCAUGGGGCGCAAGCAACACCGGUCAAAGCCUGUGGAACACUCUCGAUGGCGGUACUGGGGAUCGCGGAACACCAGCGAACCUGAAUUCGUUGCUUCCGGAGAAUUUGCUCGGGACGGAACUGAACUGAUGAUUGCGAAUUGCGGCUGCCGAGCGGAAUUGAUCUGCUUGCACAGAAUAAUUAGCUGAGAGGAAAAACAAACACGUUUAGAAACGAUCGCUCGAAACCUAUCACUGCUGCUCCACCUCUCGACCCGCGGAAGAUGGCGGAAAGUAUAGUUAUAGCUGCAUUAAUGCAAGUGAUACGAUACGAUGGCAUGGCAUCGGAGCUCAGCUCGCCGCUUCGUCCUAUCUUGCAUGUUGUAUGCAAUUGACACAUCCCAAAAAAGAAAAAGAAAAGAAAAUACAAUUCUCUUAAGAUAGUUAAGAAAUUAAAUUAGUUUUAACGGAAAACUGCUGCUGAGAAUGAGCAAAAUGAAGCACAGGAAACCACGCAUCCCCAAAUUCAAACAAUACUGAGCGUACACAUCAAUACUUAUCGAUGGGUAGCUGAAAUGCAGAGGCCUGCUAUUACAACACAGUGAGCAUGAACCGGAGCGCAAAGGAUGUUAAACAAAUAGUAAAAAAAAAGAAACCUAAAAAGUGUCUUUUGAAAGUCAGCGGUUUCGCGUCUGGCGUAGUAUUAAGGUGUUGUGAAUGUUUUUAUCAUUUUUUUAAACAAUGUAAUCUUAUACAAUUUAAAUAAUAUAUUAUAUAUAUUUGAGAAGAUGGUAUGAUGCGAAUGAUUGAAUGAAAAGCAAACAAAGAGGACGUUUUGAAGUGCGAGAGAGAAAGAAGAAAGGGGAAAGGGAAAGAGAGAAAAAAAGUAAUGUCAUCAUGGCAUCAUAAAAAGAUGAAAAAAAAGAGACGUAACCUUAAAAAAACAAUGCAAUCCACGUAGAUCCAACGACUCGGGCCCGCAAGAUACAUUUCAAGUCAAAGAGAAAGAUCUAGUUCUAGCUACAAACAAACGAACACUAUUAAUCGAUGAGUAAGAGUUUUGUUGACUUUUUUGAGAGAAAAAAAUCUUCCCCACCCUCUCCCUACGAGAAGUUCUCCUUCCACGCCAUCGUGAGAAAAUCUCUACGGUGAUUUGUAGACGAUUAAUAAGUAUAGUAAAUCAGGGAGAUAUAGAUAAAAAAGACCAGAGAACGCGAUUGAGAAGGCCAAUUAUGUCUGCUCCCGAAUUCCUCUUGCAGACGAUAGAACGAAAUUAACGAAAGUGUGCUACAAAUGAAAUCGAAAGCUGAUAAUGUUAUUAUGCUAUAAGUUAAUGGAGCGCUCGAUUCAUAUACAGAGGUAGAUAUUUAGCAUUUGUCCUAAUUAUUUUUUUCGUUUGUUUGUUUUAAGCAUUAAUAUUAUCUCCAUCCACUUCCUUCCUUUCUCUAUAGUCCCUCCUUUUUACCCCGUAACAAGAACGAUCUGUUCAGGCGUGAACAUGAGAUGAGUACUAGAGGAAGAAGAACGAUGUGUGGAC